GAACAGCUCAAUCGGAUAGACGCGUAACUACAACAAUGAUAAAGCAGCAGGUGUUGGUGUAUCUCGAGUGAUAACUUCAGGAGCGGCAUAACUUAGUAGUACUAGUGGGCUACAUGUGGCAAUAAAUCCAGGUCUUUUGUAGCCAAGUCAAGCUCGAAUCCUCCCACCACCAUGGUGCUCUUCCUAAACAUCAACAUCGGCCAGCGGGUGGAGGUGUACUACAAGGGUCAGAUCUUUGCAGGGACCGUCAAGUACAAGGGGGGACUGUCCAACGUCAAGGGGGACUGGGUGGGAGUUGACCUGGACGAGCCCGUUGGAAAGCAUAGUGGGAUCUUCAAGGGCAGAGAGUACUUCACGUGCACACCAAAGCAUGGGAUAUUCAUCCAUCCAUCAAGGAUAAGAUUCACUCCUCUAAAAAGAAACAUAUUUGACACAUACAGGAGUGUUAGUCCGAGCUCCUACGUAGAUGAGACUUUGUUCAGGUCAUCAUCAGUGCCUAGAGCGACUGGCCCAUAUGACCCGGUGUCUGUGUCAGACACGUUUACCAGGCUGGCAUCAGCGGGAUUUGAAAAUCCAAGUGCUUCCUGGCACGCCGGCAAGAAAUGCCUUUCCAAGUCCGAUUCCUUCAGCUGCAGUCCCACGCCGUCUUUCAAUCUCAGUCACUCCGUCGGAAGGGCCUUCACGCCAAAGAAGCCGCAGCGGCCCAAGUCGGCCAUGGAACUCUCCAGCAGGGGUGGCAAUUGGGGCGUGGAUGGAGGUGGGCGGUGCACCUCCCCACUGCGGAGGUUCCAUAGCCGGGCUGACUCCCCAUUCAUCAGCCGGCCGGCCGUUCCCAAGACCCACAUGCCUGCCGAGGCCCUGCGGCUGCAGGACAUGCGAGGCUGGGCCUGUACGCCCAAGCCACGCGAGUGGGCACUUUGAUGAUGAAGAAAACACAAACUCAGGAGAAACUUCUUCAGGUGGACAAAUAGCUAGAUGAAACACUGGUACCUAGAUUAUUUCAGCCAAGGAACUGGUUCCAAAUUGUUGAAGUUUUGGAAACAGUGACAUGGUUUUACACUAACAUAACACAACUGGCAUACAAGUAUUAAUGUUGCUUAUUCUGUUUCACUAGUCUGUGCCAAAAGAGUGACACUAGACACCAAAUGAUUACUUUUCAAUGUGAAAAAUAGUUUUCAUAAAAAUCAUCUUGUUCCAUUUUACUUACUUUCUUUCUGAAGGUUUUUUCCUCCCUCAAAAAUAUCAUUAAGUGUGCAAGGUCUGGCCCCGUUAUUUGAGGCACUCUCGUCAUCAAAUUAUGUUAAUACAGCUUGAAACUUGGAGUACCAAACGAAAGCCACGAGUCCAUUUCAUUAAGCUGCUGUUCCCAAAUAUGCUCAACAGAGACGAACCUGCUAAGCGUAAUCGGAUUACCGGCCCAAAAUGCAAUGUGGUAUAGACAGUGUGACUGGUAUUUGGCAUGUUUCUUCUUAGUGCAAAAUACAGGAGCUUCCAAAGAUAUGGAGAACAGUUCAGCAGGUGGGGAACUGGACUUCCAAUACAACAGACAAAACAAGAGAGUUACGUUCAGCACUGAAGGUUCUGGAAUACCGUUAACUGUAAAAGGAAAAUCAUGUUCAACAAUAUUGAACCAAAAGUUCACAACUGUGUGGCACUAAACUUGAUUUAAUAUAAAUAAAACUUCAAGGUAAAUAUCUUAAGCUGGUCAAGUUAACUUUGACAACGUACGUGUUAGUCUUGGUUUCAAGAUGUUGAUGUUCGUGUUGACCUGCCAUCACAAGAGGGCACUAUUAUGACGAACCACAAUCGCCCACAAACCGUGAGGGUGACCUAAACAGUUUGUCGUGAUAAUGCACAUCAACAGCUAUCUUGAAUUGAAACCAAGACUACAUACAUGUAUAACUGUAUGAUUGUACUUUUCAGUAAAAGCUGUGGAACGACCUAAAAUAGGGACGGCGACCAUUUAGACCCGGUUUGAAAAGGCCCCCCCCGGUAGCCCGACCUGUAUAAUGCCUGCCCGGUAUUC